AGAUAAAAGACCACCAGUGACAUUGCACAGAACCUGCUUUUGUUCAAUGCUACUGUGAUGAACUCAUCACUUAAUUAAUUUACUGAGGUGUCAAUCUACUGAAGCAGUUACCGGUCUUUUCAUCGAAGCACUUUCUAAGCGGAAUAAAAGCCAUUUCUGCACAUUUAAGAAAUAAAACCUGCUUAUGGAGUCGGAAAGUCCUCAAACACCACAAAGCGAAAAUGGCGACAUCACUUCUCGUUGUGGGACGGCGGGAACUAUGACCUUCCUGGGAGAUGACCCUCGACCUUUCACCUAUGUCCUCAAUGGCUUCCCCUUCAUGCCAGUUCCUCCAUCGUCACUAUCCACCAGCUGGGAUGUCCAUGUAAAUGACAUCAAACGCAUGCAAAUUCGAGAGGACGACAUGCUAAUUUGUGCUUAUCCUAAGGCAGGCACUCACUGGCUAUGGGAGGUGUGUUCCAUGCUGUUACAGGGAAAGGCCGAGUAUGAAAACCGUGCCAAAGAGGAACUCAUGAUAGAGUUUACCAACAUUGACAAACUGGAGAAAACGCCAUCACCCAGGAUCCUCAAUUCCCAUCUUCCUUUCUACAUGCUGCCAUGGCAACAGCUGAAAGAGAAAAAAACAAAAAUUCUAUACGUGUAUCGAAAUCCCAAAGAUUCCUGUGUGUCCUACUACCACCACCUGAAAGCACAAGUCACCACCCCCAUACCUGAACUCUCAUUCAACGAGUUCUGCGAAUUGUAUUUCUUCGGAAAGUUGCCCUUAGACAACUACUUCUGGCAUAUGAAACAGGUGACUACAUUUCUACUAGAGAAUCCAGAAGUGCCAGUUCUGACUCUGUCGUUUGAAGACAUGAAGAAGAAUCCUUCGGAAAAUGUGAAACGUUUGGCCAAGUUUUUGGAAUUGGACAUCGAAGAUAAACUUUGUGAAGACAUCGCCGAAGCCUGCAGCUUCAAGAACUUGAAGAAAGGAGCUGACCUGAAAAGACCCUGGCGUGACCUGAAAAUUGGAGAGCGGAAGCAGCCUCCUCCUGAAUUUUACCGUAAAGGGGAAAUAGGAGACUGGAAGAACUACUUCACAGUGGCCAUGAGCGAAAAGAUGGACGCCGUUAUUAAGGAGCAGGUGGAAGGACUUCCUUACAGCUUCCAAUAUUCAAAUUAAUCGCCAAGACAAACUUUCUUUUUUUUCCUGCAAUGUUUUUCCUGCCAGUAGUAGUAACAAUAAUAAUAGACUACUAGGUAGACCAUCGAUUUCCAAGUGUCCAAAAGUUUUUUUUUUGUAAUGGAGGGAUAAAAAAACUUUCUUUGCACUUUUUUUUUUUGUUUUGAAAAAUCGAAACUAUUCCAUGCUAUCUGAGCUAGAAAAUGUUCCAGAAUUGCAACUGCUAGAAACAUUCUGCAACCUAAAUUUGCGUCUGAUUGAAAUUUUGGAUAGAGAGGAAAUAGAGAAGAAGAGCUCUUUAAAUUUACAUCUGUACAAGGCAAAAAGUGUGCGACAUUAAAUACAUAGCGGAA